ACUCAAUGAAGCAGGACAGAAAACUGCAUGGACAGAGUCCACAGAAAACCGGGAGGAGGGAAAGGCACCCGGAGAGCAAGCAGGUUUCCUUCUGGUGGGAGGGCUGGAAAAUUUGAGAUAACGAACAUGGACAUGAAGUUGGGGACAACCCUGAAGAUCAAGGGCAAGAUUGCCAGUGAUGCUGAUGGAUUUGUGAUCAAUCUGGGCCAGGGGUCGGAGCAGCUCAAUCUGCAUUUCAACCCACGCUUCAAUGACUCCACUAUCGUCUGCAACUCACGGGAUGGCAGCUGGGGGGAGGAGCAACGGGAAGGUCACAUGUGCUUCAGCCCCGGGUCAGAGGUCAAGAUCACCGUGACCUUUGGGAAUGACGGAUUCAAAGUGAAGCUGCCAGAUGGGCACCAGCUGACCUUUCCCAACAGGCUGGGCCACAGCCACCUGAGCUACCUGAGCGUGCUGGACGGGCUGAGCGUCUCCUCCUUCAAAAUCAACUGAAGGGACAGCACCUCCCUGGAGUGAAGACCCCGGGUGCAGAUGCCCUCUCCCGGGCUUCUCUACCCACUCACACAGGACCAGCGGUUCCUGCCCCUGGGCCCCUCCUCUCCUUCCCUAAGGCUAAGAACCAACAAAAAGAACCUGUCUUUAGCCAGUC